UGGAAAUGAAGCUGUUCCACCAAGCGGGUCUUUCAGCGAUGAAACCAUCCCAGAAAAGGGGAGAAAAAAGAAUUUCUGGCACUGAAGAGGCGUAAAGGAGAAGGUCUUCUCGCCGUCUGCACUCAGGUUUUUGGCUCGGCACCGCAUCGCUUGCUGCCAGCGCCGAACUCAGACGUGUUUCCAUCCCUCAAGAGCUGCAAAACGAGACAUCUGCCAACAUGCACGAAAAGGAAAAGCUGCAGCAUUUAUCUACCUAUAUUGAUUGGUGUUGUGUUGUGCUUUGCUUUGUUUCUGUUGAAAAGCAAAACCAAGACAACAAAGCCCAGCCAAUGCCGUUUCCUGACAGUGGACGCAGGCGCGAGUGGGUUGGUCACAAAGCAAGAAGUUGCCCUGGGACUUUGUCAUUUUGGGGACGUUCUCGUGAACAUCUGAGCUAUGGAUGGGGAAAUUACUUACGCUGAUUUAAGGCAUCCUAGGGGCGGUUUGUCCCCUGCUAAGCGGCAGCACGUUCCUUCAGUCUUCCUGAAAGCCAGCGUGCUGGGCGUAAUGGUGGUGGUGGUGGUGCUGCUUCUGGUUGGGCUCAGCAUAUGCGUUUUUCAGAAAACAGCACGGCCUGCGUGCGCUCCCCAGCUCUGCCCUGAGACCAGAGGAAGGAAAGGGACGGAACUGAGUGACAGCACCUCCAUUGAGGAAUACUUCUGCCAAUCCACACGGAACAGCUCCGCAGCCCCUGCUGCCUGCCUGCUCUGUCCCCUGUUCUGGAAGCUUUUAGGGGACCGAUGCUACAGGCUUUCCAAAGAAAAGGGGAACUGGACACGAGCCAGAGAGGAGUGUGAAAAUGAGCAGUCACAGCUUGUGGUGCUCCGGGACAAGGCAGAACAAGAUUACCUCCAGGAGGUUGCAGGUGCAGAGGUCCAGCCGGUGUGGAUUGGAUUAAAAGCAUCUGAAAAGGAAUGGCAGUGGGUGGACGGCUCCUCCUUCAACACCACAGUGUUUGGUCAACUGAGAGUGAAGCACAAUCACUGCGGGACCUUCAAAAACCCAAAAGUGGAGGACGAUGCCUGUACUGGGGAACACCAGUGGAUCUGCCAGAAGGAGCCUUUACCUCUCCAUCCGUAACGUGUAGGAGAUGCACGGGAACGCAGCCCCUUGCUCUGACCUGUGCCCACCCCGAGAGCCCCAAUUGUUGGGGCAGAGCUCUGCAAUGCGGCUCUGUAAGGAGUUUGUGGGCAUGCAGACCCAAGCACUGCCCGGGCACACCAGGGGGUAUCGCUGCAUGCACUCGUGCAAUCAGCUCGUAAUCCUGUGCUAUUUCUUUCAAUAAAAAAUACUGGAUUUGUUCUUCAGAAGAAUGCAUCUUUUUGCCCCGUUCCCACUCUGCUUCAAUGUCCUUUGUCUCCCUGCAAUAGGAAGUGCAUCUUGAAGUGGGACGGGGAUGCAGCCAGGCUCACAGAGAUGAUCCAGGGGGAGCAGUGCCAGGUUUGGGGUGAGAUUGAUCGCAGUGACCACAGCAUCCUUCAUUUCUCUGUUCUCGGUGAAGUCGGGGGGGGAGUUCAGCAAAACCGCUCCCUUAGGCUUCCAGAGGGCUGUCCCAAAACCGCUGCUUUCCUUGCACAGAAGGUGAAUCAUUUUUGUAGGAGGAGGGGCCAGGAUGUGGUGGCAGUGUGAACAAAGCCAGCGUGCUUUUAAAAUUCGCUUCCUGCCUGUUGCUUU